AGGCUGCUGCGCAAAAGCAACUAUGCGGAGCGUGUCGGUGCCGGAGCCCCCGUCUACCCGCCGGCGGUGCUGGAGUACCUGACCGCUGAAAUCCUGGAGCUGGCUGGAAAUGCUGCCCACAACAACAAGACCAGGAUCAUCCCCCAUCACCUGCUGCUGGCCGUCCGCAAUGAUGAGGAGCUCAAGCUGCUGGGCAGAGUGACCAUCGCUCAGGGUGGCUCUCAGGGAAGCUCUCUUUGUGGUCCUUUGGAGACGCCGAAGGGGAAGGCGAGCCGGCGCACUGGUUAAACUGAGACAGCGGGGUUUUCACUCAGUGAAACUCAGGCAGCUUUGUCAGACCAAAGAGGGGGCCUUUAGAAGUAGGAACAGAGUCCUGGACAUCAGGCCAGGAACACUCUGACUAAAGAGGUCAAAGCAGCAAAGAGAUGUUACGCUGAAAAGCUAGGAAACAGCUUCACGGCCAGCAACCCUGCGUCAGUGUGGGAAGGCCUGCGGACACUCACUAACUACAGGAGACUAUCCCCCAAAACUGCUGGUACUAAACGACUGGCUGACGAGCUGAAUGGUUUCUAUUGUAGGUUUGAGAAGCCCACAGUCACACCUCUCCCCAACUCAAACACCAUCUUCAGUUACCGUCCCCAACUACCACGCUCUCAUCCUCCUUCUCCGACCCCUCACCUGCAUUCAUGAUCUGUCUUCCAGAGACAGAAGAUUAGGAAGGCUCCUGACCCCAAAAAAAUCUGGGCUGACCAGCUGGCCCCCAUCUUCACUCAGAUAUUCAACAGAUCACUGGAGCUGUCCCAAUAAACUUGUGAUCAGACAGAAAACCACAGCAUAGACUGUGUUCAUUGUUAGUUGUGAGCUAGCUAGCAACAGAUGCCACAACUAAGUUUGUGUUUUUAGUUCAGCCUCUGAAUGAUCUCUGAACUCUGCAGAAACUGCACUUAUUUCUCUCCUAUUUCCUCUCUGUAUGUUUAUCAAGCUUCAGGAUCAGCCUGAAUUAAUUUCUUUGCAUCAGGCUGCAUUUGGAGAAUUUGUCAAUUUUGACAUAAACUUUGAAUAAUUGGCUUUGCAUUUUGCCCAAACAGACAGUCAG